AGCUCUUCUAUGAAGAAGACCUCCAGCUCUUCUAUGAAGAAGACCUCCAGCUCUGUGUACUAUCCACAAUCUCGUAUUGUGGGUGGUGCCACCGCCAGUGAGGGUCAAUUUCCCCACCAGGUCUCAUUGAAAUUUCUCAACCAACACAAUUGUGGUGGUUCCAUACUGACAUCGACAUAUAUUGUAACUGCAGCCCAUUGUGUUAUGAUCGGAAAACCGCCAGUGAUAAUUCCACUACAAUUUUUGUCCGUGCGUGCCGGAAGCCGUGACACUGAUCAGGGUGGCCAGUUGGUACGUGUAUCGGAGGUAACAGUACAUCCCCAAUAUGAUGGUACGGAUUUUGAUAUUGCCGUGGUGAAGCUAGCCCAACCGCUAAGACUAAACAGCAAAGUAAAGGCCAUAGCCUUGGCUAAACGUGAUCCUCCAACGGGAGUACCCAUCCUGACAUCCGGUUGGGGUAUGACAAAGAAUGGUGGCAACACUACGAAAUAUUUGCAGUACAACACCUUGAUGGCGGUGAAAAGUGAAGAUUGUGGUCGGUAUAUGUAUGGGGUGCACGAGUCCAUUUUGUGUCUGGCCCAUACCAAUAAUAAUGGUGUGUGCAAGGGUGAUUCUGGUGGACCGGCGGUAUAUAAAAAUGAAUUGGUCGGAGUUACCAACUACAUUGUGGGUGGUUGUGGUUCUUAUAAUCCCGAUGGAUUUGCCAGUGUGGCAUAUUUUAGGGAUUGGUUGAGGCAUAAUACCAAUUUACCUUAA